GGGGGCGUGCCGCAUGUGAGGGAGGGGUCGUCCUGCGGGUAGCAGGAGGCUCAGGAGGCUCUGGAGACUGGGGUGAGAGAGAGGAGGGAGAGAGAGAGAGAGAGAGCGGGAGAGAGGGAGAGAGGGAGAGAGAGAGAGCGCGAGCGAGCGAAAGGUGAGCCGAGCUGAAGGAGGGCACGCGCUGCCGGGCACCCCCAGUCUAUGGAGCGGGGUAAGAUGGCGGAGGCGGAGAGCCUGGAGACAGCGGCGGAGCACGAGCGGAUCCUCCGAGAGAUCGAGAGCACCGACACGGCCUGCAUCGGGCCCACGCUCAGGUCUGUCUAUGAUGGUGAGGAACAUGGACGAUUCAUGGAGAAGCUUGAAACUCGCAUCCGCAAUCAUGACCGAGAAAUUGAGAAAAUGUGUAACUUUCAUUACCAGGGCUUUGUGGACUCUAUAACGGAACUGCUGAAAGUAAGAGGAGAAGCCCAGAAACUCAAAAAUCAAGUGACGGAUACUAAUAGAAAACUACAACAUGAGGGAAAGGAACUGGUAAUAGCAAUGGAAGAGCUGAAGCAGUGUCGACUACAACAGAGAAAUAUUUCUGCCACUGUUGAUAAAUUAAUGCUGUGUCUUCCAGUCCUGGAGAUGUAUAGCAAACUGAGGGACCAGAUGAAAACUAAAAGGCAUUAUCCUGCACUGAAAACUCUGGAACAUCUAGAGCAUACCUAUCUGCCUCAAGUAAGCCAUUAUCGAUUCUGCAAGGUGAUGGUGGACAAUAUCCCCAAGCUUCGAGAAGAAAUUAAGGAUGUUUCUAUGUCUGAUCUCAAAGACUUUCUGGAGAGUAUCCGCAAACAUUCAGACAAAAUUGGAGAGACUGCCAUGAAGCAAGGAAAUGAUCCAUAUGUAGCUGAAGAUUUGGUGUGUCCACGGGAGGAGGCCCAACAACAAAGAAACCUGGAUAACAUCAUCUUUCAACAACCCAGGAUAGGUAGCAAGAGAAAACCUAAGAAAGAUGCAUAUACAAUUUUUGAUACAGAGAUAGGAAGCACUAGCCCCAAGUCUGAACAGGAUUCAGGAAUUCUGGAUGUUGAAGAUGAGGAAGAUGAUGAAGAGGUACCUGGGGCCCAAGAUUUGGUUGAUUUCUCUCCUGUUUAUCGAUGUCUACACAUAUAUUCUGUCCUGGGUGCCCGGGAAACGUUUGAGAACUACUACCGAAAACAGAGGCGAAAACAGGCUCGUUUGGUGCUCCAGCCUCCUUCUAACAUGCAUGAAACUUUAGAUGGCUACAGGAAGUAUUUUAAUCAAAUUGUAGGCUUUUUUGUGGUUGAAGAUCACAUUUUACAUACAACCCAGGGUUUAGUAAAUAGAGCCUACAUCGAUGAACUGUGGGAAAUGGCACUUUCAAAAACCAUCGCAGCACUCCGUACUCACUCGUCUUACUGCUCUGAUCCAAACCUCGUGUUAGAUUUGAAGAACCUCAUUGUGCUUUUUGCUGACACACUUCAGGUGUAUGGUUUUCCUGUAAAUCAGCUUUUUGACAUGCUGUUAGAAAUCAGAGAUCAAUAUAGUGAAACUUUGCUAAAGAAGUGGUCAGGUAUUUUCAGAAACAUACUUGAUUCUGACAACUACAGUCCUAUACCAGUAACAAGUGAAGAGAUAUAUAAAAAGGUGGUAGGACAAUUCCCAUUCCAAGAUACAGAGCUGGAAAAGCAACCAUUUCCAAAAAAGUUUCCAUUCUCUGAAUUUGUGCCAAAAGUUUACAACCAAAUUAAAGAAUUUAUCUACGCCUGUCUGAAGUUUUCAGAAGAUCUUCAUCUAAGUUCAACUGAAGUUGAUGACAUGAUUCGUAAAUCUACAAACCUGUUGCUAACUAGGACUCUGAGCAGCUCUCUGCAGAAUGUCAUUAAAAGGAAGAAUAUUGGACUUACUGAGCUUGUCCAGAUUAUUAUCAAUACAACACACUUGGAGAAAUCCUGUAAGUACUUGGAAGAAUUCAUCACCAAUAUCACUAAUGUGCUUCCAGAGACAGUCCACACCACCAAACUGUAUGGCACCACGACUUUUAAGGAUGCCAGACAUGCAGCUGAAGAAGAGAUUUAUACCAACUUAAACCAGAAGAUUGACCAGUUUCUACAGCUGGCUGACUAUGACUGGAUGACAGGAGAUUUGGGCAACAAAGCUAGUGAUUACCUAGUAGACCUCAUUGCCUUUCUCCGUAACACCUUUGCUGUCUUCACACACCUUCCUGAUAAUUUGAUUGCCCUUACAAUAUUCCUGCAAAUGAAUUAUUUACUACCUUUGUUCCAAGAUGGAGACUUUUUUCAACACUUACAGUGACAGUUAAACUAACAAAGUGAGGACGUUUUAUGUCGUGUCUUUGAAUAUGAGUGUUUUGUUUUGGUGAAUUGCUGGCUUUUGUUUUUAUUUUAAGUUUCAUUGUUUUGUAUCUUGAUAACUCCUUUGGAAGAUAGUCUUAGGAUCAAGAACUGACGAGGACCUGAAAAUGGGAAGCUGUCUUUCAAUAGUUGGAGCCUACAGGCCCCAACUCUGUAGGCUCAAGGAGUCUAACAUGAACCCUUUGUGAAGGUAGUUUUCUUCUAUGCCUGUUUCUGCUAUAUGUGAAUAUAGAUCCAACUGGAACUGUGUAAAAUCUAAGGAUUGUUCUCUAGAACUGUAUUUUUGGUGCCAUGUUGACCAUAUCUAUAUUUCUGCUGUUGUAAAACAGAUAUGGUGACCCCUAUAGCUCAUUGUUUUAUGUAAGAGGCCCUUGAAGAUAUGUGUUUUUUAAAAAAUACUCCAUCCUUGAGAAAAGGAAAUAAGUUUAUUUACUUAUUUUUAAUUGAAGAAUAACAAACAUAUAGAAAAGUAAACAAAUCAUAAGUACAUAGUUUGAUGAAUUUUCACAAAGUAGACAUACCUGUGUCAUCAGCACGAAGACCAAGAAACAGAAUAUUACCAGUUUCCCAGAAGACCGUUCUAGCCUUUCCCCUGUCAAAUCUUCACCUUUCUCCCUGUGGGUAAUCUUUAUCUGUACUUCUAAUACUAUAGCUUGAUUUUGCCUAUUUGUGGAAUGAUACAAAUUCCAUUCUUUUGUGUCAUAUGUAUUCUUUUGUGUCAUUUCUUAGGUUCACCGUAAUUAAUCUGUGAUAACUAGCAUUUGUUCAUUCUUAUUCCUAUAUAAUAUUCCAUUAUAUGAAUAUGCCAUAAUUUGUUAUCUGUUCUAAAGUUUUUAGGCAUUUGAGUUGUUUCCAGUUUUUGGUUAUUAGAAAUAGUGUUGCUUUGAAACUUCUUGUUUAUGUAUUUUGGUGAACAUAUUUCUUUUGAGUACAUACUUAGGAGUGAAAUUGCUGUGUCAUAGUGCAUAAAAUGUUCAGUUUCCUGCCAAACAAUUUUCCAAAGAAUUAUACGAUCUAUAUUUAGGUUUAUUUGUCUUUAUCAUUUUAAUCUUUCUAUUGGAUAUAUAGUGGUAUUGCAUUGAUAUUUCAUUUGAAAUUGAACAACAUUUCACAUGCUUAUUGGCCACUUGUAUAUACUUGUAUAUACUUCUUUGUGAAGUGUUGUUCAAGUCUAUUGCCCAUUUUUUAACUGGGUUAUCUGCCUUUUUAUUAAAGAUUUUCUGUUCAGGAUAUAUUUAGUUAAGCAGCUGUGGUAUGUUAAUGGCAAAAGGAACUUUGAAGAUAUGAUUAAGCUAAGGUUCCUGAGUUAGGGAGAUUAUUUUGUAAUAUCUGGAUGGACCCAGUGUAAUCUCAAGGGUCCUUAUAAGAGGGAGGUAGGUGUGUCAGAGUCAGAAAGGGAGAUGUAAUGAUGGAAGCAAAGGUCAGAGUGAUAUAGCCAGGAGCUGGGAAACGUGGGCAGCUUCUAGAAGCUGAAAAAAGCAAGGAACAGAUUUUUUCCUAGAGCCUCCAGAAGGAAGUUGCCUUAAUUUUAGCCCUAUAAGGCCUAUUUUGGACUUCGGACUCCCAGAACUGUAAGAAGCCACUAAAUUUGUACUGAUUUGCUGCAGGAGCAGUAGGAAGCUAAUACAGCUGUACUCAAACUUUUGGUCUUCAGACUCCUUUUUAUUGAGGAAUCCAGAGCUUUUGUGUAUGCUCUUCAUAUCUAUCAAUAUUUAUCAUAUUGAAAUUAAUACUGAGAAAUUUAAAAAUAUUUAUCUGUUUAUUUUAAAAUAACAAUACACCUAUUAUUGUUAAUGUGAAUAAUAUAUUUUUCAAGAAAAUAAUUCUGUUUUCCAAAACCAAAGAAAUUUAGUCAGAGGAAUGACAUUACUUUUUUUUUUAAUAUAUAACUUUAAUGUCUGGCUUAAUAGAAGACAAUUGGAUAUCACAAAUCUACUUCUGCAUCAGUCGAUUGUGAUACGUUGUUCUGGUGGAAGUAUAUGAGAAAAUCUAGCCUCGUAGAUAUGUUGAAUAAAGGAGUAUUUUAACAGCCUUUUUCAGAUAAUUUUUUAUACUUUUUGAUACUAUAGCAGAACUUGACAUAUAAUAGAUUCUUAUAGGUUAGUUGCAAUGUAGAAUCUGAAACCUUAUCAAUGAAUUUUUCAUAUUCUGUAACCUUAGAGUUCAUUGGUCUAUUUUGUACUUUGAAUAGAUCUUUUACCCAUGCAUGAUUUUGUAGCAUCAUGCAUUGUUCAUUUAGAAAAUAUUGGUCCACUGAGUUGUCCAGAUCUUCCAAAUGUUGACAUAUUUUAGUAUAUAAUAUAAAAAAAUCACACUCAGUAUUAUUACUACCAGUCUCAUUUAAAAAGUCUUUAAGUACUGGUGAGCUAUAUCAUGAUGGCAGGUACUAGUUUUUCAAAAUUCAAAAUUUUGCUUGUAAGCUUGAAUUGUGUCAUUGGCAACUAAUACUGUCAGUUGUUUUCUUUUAAGUGGCAGACUCAUUCUGAUCAUUUUCAAGAAAAUCCCUACCAAAAACCCAAGUCUGAAUAACCAUAAAUUUUCUGUCAGCUAUUUUUUCAAGUGAAAAGGAUGUUCCCUGAAAAAGGGAGCUAGUUCACCUUGCAACUCAAACUAUCAUGCAAGUGCUUUUCUUUAUCAUACUUUAGUAUGCAGCAUAAAUAUUUUAUGCAUACUUACCAAUUUGUCACAAUAUAAAAGAGACGUACGUACUCAAGGGUUGGGAUUUAAUAAAAUUAAUAACUUUUACUGCUUCUUCAAGGACAUUCUUACACAAAACUGGCAUUUGUUUUAUUGUGCAUGCCUGGCAUUGAAGAAUACAAGAAUUACCAGUACAGUUUGGUGCCAUGCCAUUAAUUCAUGUUAAGGCACCAGUUGUUUUGCCCAUCAUUACUUUUGCAAAUGUCAACACGAGGGAAAUGCCAUCAGUGCAGAUUUCAACACGGUGAAAAAAGCAAAUAGCAUGUUAAUGUUAUUGUGAAAAUUGUUUUGAAUUUGUGGACCCUUGAGAGAGUCUGAAAGACUCCCAGGCAUCUGCAGAUUACACUUCAAGAACUACUAUUCUAGUUACUAGUCUUUUAUACCUGUACUGCACAUAUUUUCUUCCAGUUUUUGGCUUGCCUUUUCACUCUCUUAAUGAUGUCUUUUGGUGGUACGUAUUGCUCUUUGAGAAGUAUACAUUUCUUAUUAAAUAUAAUUUUCAAAAUUAAACCUUUUUUCUCCCUAAGGGAUUGAAGUAUUGGUCAUGACAAGUUGUUCAUGUUAUCAUUUCCCUAUUCUACUUCUCUGUGCCACAUCUCUGAUUCCUAAUCUCUCUGUUUUCUUGGUGAUAUUGAGUUUUCCAUUCUGUACUGUUGAUGUGUAUGAUCUCUCUUCUUAUAGGUCUGCACUCUUUAAUUAUAUGUAUUUACUAUAUUUUACUUUAUGGUUCAAACAUCACAGGUGACCUGAAGCAUUCAUGAUAUUAACUGGUAGAUUGGAGAGGAAAAGGGAAAGAUUAUAAAAUUAUAUCUCAACGAUUUAUGUGAAGUUAGGUUCCUCUAGAUCACAGAUAGUUUUUCAUUAACAGUUAUAGGCCUGCAGAAGUUUUAUUUCAGGUAAUGAUUUAUUCAGGAUUAUCCUAAAACCAUGAAAACUUUUAUGGAGUAAAUAAUAUUGCUUAAUAUGUGGUAAACAUUUAAUAAGUAUUAACUAUAAAGUUUGUAAUAAAUAAUACUAAAUCUUAUGUAAUAGAUGUAACAUAUUAUUAUUAAAACUUUAAAAUUCUUCUAUAGUAUGUAUAUAAGAAACAUUCAUUAAUUUGAGAUUAUUGAAGGAAUAGUGUUGAUAUGCUACCUUGUCAUAAAGGAAAUAUGAAAGGUCAGUUACUGAGGGGACAUUUAAUUGUGAUCUUUCUUUAGGGUUUCCCUUUCCUUUAACAGUGGUCCAUAGGGAUGCAUCCAGUGGUUUUUGUUUACCUCUUUACCUUCCUCAUGGAACUUGGACUCCCAUGUGUAGGACAGGGACUGAGUCUAAUGAGCAUAAGCUUUAUAGCAUGUUGAGUUUCAAUAGUUCAGGUCUGAUCUUAGUUCAUGGCCCCAGUCUACUGCAAAUGAUAUGGCAAUGAUUAGCCCUAAUCAUACCUAUUCUGCGAUAUUGAGGGAAGAUUGCUAGACCUGGCAUGAUUUUAUUACUGAUGCUAACUGUGGAGAGUCAUGAGGAACAUCUAGUAAUCUUCUGUCUGAUUCAAUGAAUUCCUCUAUUUUACAUAGCAUUUGAUCUGCUUUUGAGUAAAAACUGCCACUACCGAAAACUACCAAACCACAAUGUCUUUAUGGAUAACUCACAAAUAUUUACUUUUCUUAUGACUUACCUUGACUCUGUUUUGCCAUGAGUUAAUAAGUAAUCUCUGUCACUGUUUAAUUCAUUUGCUUUUUAAAUAUCAUGUGAAAGUCCGAUGAUUAACUUUUAAUAUGUUUAUACCAUCUACAGUAUAUGAUCUCUGCCUUUGAAGGCCGUCUGGUAAACGUGCUUUCUCUGAUUUCAUGGAACCUGAGCAGAUAUUUGGCUCAGUUGCUUCUAUCCAAAAGCCUGGGGGCACUCUGAGAAAGUGAUCUUGUCCAAACACCAGAGUUUAGCUUCUUUUUCCUCUUUACUUCAGAUUUCUCUGCGGUCUGUUUUACCCUCUCUGUAGUAACAAAGUAUGUGAAUACUGAGGAGCCUGCCACAAUUUUCUGGAGUUUAUUAUUUUUCCAAAGGAUAGACUUUCACAUUGUUUUAGAAAUAAAGCAGUUUAUAGCUUGCUGCUAUGAAUAUUGUUCCUGACUCUUACCAGUAAUUUGCUGCCUUUUUAUUUUAGAAUAAAAUUUGGAUAACCUCUGUUUCCUCUUCUAGAAAUGGGAAAUCCAAAUGCUGGAAAAAGUGGUUGUAUGGAAGAUAGAUUAGACCUGUUUUGAAUGGAUCUAAAAAGUAGAAGUUAGAGAGAAGUAAGUUAAAUAGAGCAUGAACUAGUUAAUUCAUGGUCAGCAUUAAAAUAGAGGAUAGUAUUUUUAUGGGACACUUGCUGUAAAGGCAGUGCAUGCAUAGGACAGAGUGCUAGACUAGGACUCUGAGUCUUCCAACCCUGAGAUUCCUGUGCUUCUACCUCUAUGUGCUGGAACCACAAAUGACGAAUAACUUGGUGUAUAAUUUAUCAUGGUGUCUGCAUAAUGUUUAGAGGUCAUCCAACCCAAUAACUUGAAAAGCAUAUUAGAAAUUAUACUAAUAGCAAAGAUAAAUUUUGAUUGACCUGAAUUUGGAGUUGCUUUCACCUUAUAUUUCUUGUAUUACUCUUAUUUAGUUAUUAAAUACUUAUAUUUGAUCCAACAUAGUUAUAGAACUUCAUAUUGCGAGGGAUCUCUUCUAAAGCUUCAUUAUAAUUCUGUCCUCCAAUAACUGCAAUGGAAAAAAUGCUAUAAGACAAAUUGGAAAGUGAAGUGAGGAACAUAAACACCAAAGGUAAAGGACUGAGAACAUAAUGUAUAGUUUACUGCUCUGGUAUAAGACUUCCAAAAUCUAUAUAAUGUAAGCUGAGGAUUAUUUUCCUUUUAGACUUAAGUAUAAGUGAAACAAUAGACUUAAAAUUGUAUGCUUUUCUCUUAUUUCAUUUUUGGCACUAUGGAAUGUCAUAUGACCUUUUCAAAUUUGUGAAUAUGUAAAAGAAUGCUGAUGACACUUACUCUCUCCUCGAAGUCCUUAGCCACCUUCCCAGAUGCAGUUGUGACAAUCACAGUGUCCUUUCCAAUACUGGGCAGAGCUUAUCCUGAAGUGAACUGAUCCAUGGUUAGUCUCCUGUCCAGAAGUUCUAAGACAGCAGUGAAUUCAAUACUUAUAAAGAACUUAGAUUUGAGCAGUUUAGAUGUGAACAUAUUAUUGAUUUAGCCAGAUGCUCCAAAUCAAGGGAAUUGUUUUUAUAUCACAACAUAUUGUCAUUUUGCUAAUUUUUAUAUUCUACUUUCAUUUUAUAUUUACGCCAUUAUUUUAGUUGUCUAGGGUGAUAUGUUAGGUGUAACAUUUUGUUCUUUUAUUCUGUGAUCCCAAAAUAAAAAUCCUUUUGUUAAUUGAGAAUCAAUGAUCAUAGAUGUCUAAACUUUUUUCCCACAAGUUAUUGUUUUAAAUAUACCUCGGGAGCUCCCCUGGCUGUCCAGUGGUUAAGACUGUGCACUUCCACUGCAGGGGGUGCAGGUUUGAUCCCUGAUCAGAGAAAUAAGAUGCUACAUGUUGUGCGACAUGGUCAAAAAUAAAUAAAUAAAUAAAUAAACCUUAAGUGAAAAUGCAUUAAAUAAAAAAAAUAUUGAAAAUAUGUUGAAAAUGUAGAAAAUAUAUUAGUUGUCUCUUUGAAAGUUGUUACCUAUAUCAUCAUGAGUUGAUUUUGAAAUGGUUGCCUAAUCACAAUUUGAAUACCAGUUAGUUAAAUUAAUAGAGAAUGGGGUCAGUGUCAGGCCCAGCAGCUGGAGGCCAGGCUCACCACACACAUCGCUCUCUUUUGAAAGGAAAAGAAAAAAAAGAGGAAAAGAGAGAAACUACAGGAAUCUACAUCAGUCUAAACUGAACCUGUAAUGUCUCCAACAUCUGCCUGUUCAUACUUUAAUUGAUUAAAAUUUCAAAAAAGGACCAGAAAGCAGAACAAACAUAGAGUAUGGGAAUAUUAGCCAGACAAAAGCACAGAAGAAUGGAAUGAAAGACAAAGAAUUAUAAAAUAAACACUUUGAGAGCAGAAGCAAGAAGAACUAUAAUCCUGCAGCCUGUGGAACAGAAACCACAUUCACAGAAAGAUAGACAAGGUGAAAAGGCAGAAGGCUAUGUACCAGCUGAAGGAACAAGAUAAAACCCCAGAAAAACAAUUAAAUGAAGUGGAGAUAAGCAACCUUCCAGAAAGGGAAUUCAGAAUAAUGAUAGUGAAGAUGAUCCAGGACCUUGGAAAAAGAAUGGAGGCAAAGGUCAAGAAGAUGCAAGAAAUGUUUAUAAAAGACCUAGAAGAAUUAAAGAACAAAAAAAUACAGAUGAACAAUACAAUAACUGAAAUGAAAACUACACUAAAGGAAUCAAUAGCAGAAUAACUGAGGCAGAAGAAGGGAUAAGUGACCCAGAAGACAGAAUGGUGGAAUUCACUGCCACAGAACAGAAUAAAGAAAAAAGAAUGAAAAGAAAUGAACACAGCCUAAGAGACCUCUGGGACAACAUUAAACACAACAACAUUUGCAUUAUAGGGGUCCCAGAAGGAGAAGAGAGAGAGAAAGGACCUGAGAAAAUAUUUGAAGAGAUUAUAGUUGAAAACUUUCCUAACAUGGGAAAGGAAAUAGCCACCCAAGUCCAGGAAGCACAGAGAGUCCCAUACAGAAUAAACCCAAGGAGAAACACGCCAAGACACAUAGUAAUCAAAUUGGCAAAAAUUAAAGACAAAGAAAAAUUAUUGAAAGCAGCAAGGGAAAAAUGACAAAUAACAUACAAGGGAACUCCCAUAAGGUUAACAGCUGAUUUCUCAGCAGAAAAUCUACAAGCCAGAAGGGAGUGGCAUGACGUAUUUAAAGUGAUGAAAGGGAAGAACCUACAACCAAGAUUACCUGGCAAGGAUCUCAUUCAGAUUCAAUGGAGAAAUCAAAAUCUUUACAGACAAGCAAAAACUAAGAGAAUUCAGCACCACCAAACCAGCUCUACAAAAAAUGCUAAAGGAACUUCUCUAAGUGAGAAACACAAGAGAAGAAAAGGACCUACAAAAACAAACCCAAAACAAUUAAGAAAAUGGUCAUAGGAACAUACAUAUCAGUAAUUACCAUAAACGUGAAUGGAUUAAAUGCUCCAACCAAAAGACACAGGCUCGCUGAAUGGAUACAAAAACAAGACCCAUAUAUAUGCUGUCUACAAGAGACCCACUUCAGACUGAAAGUGAGGGGAUGGAAAAAGAUAUUCCAUGCAAAUGGAAAUCAAAAGAAAGCUGGAGUAGCAAUAAUCAUAUCAGAUAAAAUAGACUGUAAAAUAAAGAAUGUUACAAGAGACAAGGAAGGACACUACAUAAUGAUCAAGGGAUCAAUCCAUGAAGAAGUAUAACAAUUAUAAAUAUAUGUGCUCCCAGCAUAGGAGCACCUCAAUACAUAAGGCAACUGCUAACAUCUCUAAAAGAGGAAAUCGACAGUAACACAAUAAUAGUGGGGGAUUUUAACACCUCACUUACACCAAUGGGCAGAUCAUCGAAACAGAAAAUUACUAAGGAAACACAAGCUUUAAAUGACCCAAUAGACCCAAUAGAUUUAAUUGAUAUUUAUAGGACAUUCCAUCAAAUAACAGCAGAUGACACUUUCUUCUCAAGUGCACAUGGAACAUUCUCCAGGAUAGAUCACAUCUUGGGUCACAAAUCAAGCCUCAGUAAAUUUAAGAAAAUUGAAAUCAUAUCCAGCAUCUUUUCUGACCACAAUGCUCUGAGAUUGGAAAUCAAUUAUAGGGAAAAAAACAUAAAAAACAGAAACAAAUGGAGGCUAAACAAUAUGUUACUAAAUAAACAAGAGAUCACUGAAGAAAUCAAAGAGGAAAUCAAAAAAUACCUAGAGCAAAUGACAAUGAAAACAUGAUGAUCCAAAACCUAUGAGAUGUAGCAAAAGCAGUUCUAAGAGGGAAGUUUAUAGCAAUACAAGCCUACCUGAAGACACAAGAAAAAUCUCAAAUAAACAAACUAAGCUUACACCUAAAGGAACUAGAGAAAGAAGAGCAAACAAAACCCAAAGUGAGCAGAAGGAAAGAAAUAAAGAUCAGAGCAGAAAUAAAUGAAAUAGAAACAAAGAAAAUAAUAGCAAAGAUCAAUAAAACUAAAAGCUGGUUCUUUGAGAAGGUAAGCAUAAUUGAUUAACCAGUAGCCAGAAUCAUCAAGAAAAAGAGGGAGAGGACUCAAAUCAAUAAAAUUACAGGACUUCCCUGGUGGCACAGUGGUUGAGAGUCCGCCUGCCGAUGCUGGGGACACGGGUUUGUGCCCCGGUCUGGGAAGAUCCCACAUGCCACGGAGCAGCUGGGCCCGUGAGCCAUGGCCACUGAGCCUGCAUGUCCGGAGCCUGUGCUCCACAACAGGAGAGACCACAGCAGUGAGAGGCCUGCGUACAGCAAAAUAAAUAAAUAAAUAAAAUAAAUAAAUAAAAUUAUAAAUGAAAAAGGAAAAGUUACAACAUACACCACAGAAAUACAAAGCAUCCUAAGAGAGUACUACAAGCAACUCUAUGCCAAUAAAAUGGACAAGCUGGAAGAAAUGGACAAAUUCUUAGAAAGGUAUAACCUUCUACGACUGAACCAGGAAUAAAUAGAAAAUAUGAACAAACCAAUCACAAGUAAUGAAAUUGAAACUGUUUAAAAAUCUUCCAUCAAACAAAAGUCCAGGACCAGAUGGCUUCACAGGCGAAUUCUAUCAAACAUUUAGAGAACAGCUAACACCUAUCCUUCUGAAACUCUUCCAAAAAAUAGCAGAGGAAGGAACACUCCGAAACUCAUUCUAUGAGGCCACCAUCACCCUGAUACCAAAACCAAAGAUACUACAUAAGAAGAAAAUUACAGACCAAUAUCACUGAUGAAUAUAGAUGCAAAAAUCCUCAACAAAAUACUAUCAAACAGAAUCCAACAACACAUUAAAAAGAUCAUACACCAUGAUCAAGUGGGAUUUAUGCCAGGGAUGCAAGGCUUCUUCAGUAUACCCAAAUCAAUCAAUGUGAUACACCAUAUUAACAAAUUGAAGAAUAAAAACCAUAUGAUCAUCUCAAUAGAUGCAGAAAAAGCUUUUGAGAAAAUUCAACACCCAUUCAUGAUAAAAACCCUCCAGAAAAUGGCCAUAGAGGGAACCUACCUCAACAUAAUAGAGGCCAUAUAUGACAAACCCACAGCCAACAUCAUUCUCAAUGGUGAAAAACUGAAAGCAUUUCCUCUAAGAUCAGGAACAAGACAAGGAUGUCCACUCUCACCCCUAUUAUUAUUCAGCAUAGUUUUGGAAAUCCUAGCCACGGCAAUCAAAGAAGAAAAAGAAAUAAAAGGAAUACAAAUCAGAAAAGAAGAAAUAAAACUGUCACUGUUUGCAGACGACAUGACACUGUACAUAGAGAAUCCUAAAGAUGCCAACAGAAAACUACUAGAGCUAAUCAAUGAAUUUGGUAAAGUUGCAGGAUACAAAAUUAAUGCACAGAAAUCUCUUGCAUUCCUGUACACUAAUGAUGAAAAAUCUGAAAGAGAAAUUAAGGAAACACUCCCAUUUACCAUUGCAGCAAAAAGAAUAAAGUACUUAUGAAUAAACUUACCUAGGGAGACAAAAGACCUGUAUGCAGAAAACUGUAAGACACUGAUGAAAGAAAUUAAAGAUGAUACAAACAGAUGGAGAGAUAUACUAUGUUCUUGGAUUGGGAGAAUCAAUAUUGUGAAAAUGACUAUACUACCCAAAGCAAUCUACAGAUUCAAUGCAAUCCCUGUUAAAUUAGCAAUGGCAUUUUUUACAGAACUAGAACAAAAAGUCUUAAAAUUUGUAUGGGGACACAAAAGACCCCGAAUAGCCAAAGCAGUCUUGUCAGAGAAAAACGGAGCUAGAGGAAUCUGACUCCCUGACUUCAGACUAUACUACAAAGCUACAGUAAUCAAUACAAUAUGGUACUGGCACAAAAACAGAGAUAUAGAUCAAUGGAACAGGAUAGAAAGCCCAGAGAUCAACCCACGCACCUAUGGUCAAGUAAUGUAUGACAAAGGAGGCAAGGAUAUACAAUGGAGAAAAGAUAGUCUCUUCAAUAAGUGGUGCUGGGAAAACUGGACAGCUACAUGUAAAAGAAUGAAAUUAGAACACUCCCUAACACCAUACACAGAAAUAAACUCAAAAUGGAUUAGAGACCUAACUGCAAGACCGGACACUGUAAAACUCUUAGAGGAAAACACAGGAAGAACACUCUUUGACAUAAAUCACAGCAAGAUCUUUUUUGAUCCACCUCCUAGAGUAAUGGAAAUAAAAACAAAAAUAAAAAAUGGGACAUACUGAAGCUUAAAAGCUUUUGCAAAGCAAAGGAAACUACAAACAAGAUGAAAAGACAACCUUCAGAAUGGGAGAAAAUAUUUGCAGACGAAUCAAUGGACAAAGGAUCAAUCUCCAAAAUAUAUAAACAGCUCAUGCAGCUCAAUAUUAAAAAACAAACAACCCAAUCCAAAAAUGCGCAGAAGACCUAAAUAGACAUCUCUCCAAAGAAUACAUACCAAUGGCCAAGAAGCACAUGAAAAGCUGCUCAACAUCACUAAUUAUUAGAGAAAUGCAAAUCAAAACUACAAUGAGUUGUCACCUCACACCAGUUAGAAUGGGCAUCAUCAGAAAAUCUACAAACAACAAAUGCUGCAGAGGGUGUGGAGAAAAGGGAACCCUGUUGCACUGUUGGUGGGAAUGUAAAUUGAUACAGCCACUAUGGAGAACAGUAUGGAGGUUCCUUAAAAAACCAAAACUAGAAUUACCAUAUGACCCAGCAAUCCCACUACUCGGCAUACACUCUGAGAAAACCAUAAUUCAAUAAGAGAUAUGCACCCCUGUGUUCAUUGCAGCACUAUUUAUAAUAGCCAGGUCAUGGAAGCAACCUAAUUGUCCAUCGAUAGACGAAUGGAUAAAGAAGUUGUGGUACAUAUAUACAAUGGAAUAUUACUCAGCCAUAAAAAGGAACAAAUUUGGGUCAUUUGUAGAGACGUGGAUGAAUAGAGACUGUCAUACAAAGUGAAGUAAGUUAGAAAGAGAAAAACAAAUAUCGUAUAUUGAUGGAUGUAUGUGGAACCUAGAAAAAUGGUACCGAUGAACCAGUUUGCAGUGCAGAAAUUGAGAUACAGAUGUAGAGAACAAGCGUAUGGACACCACAGGGGGAAAGCGGCGGGGUGUGGUAGUGGUGGUGCUGUGAUGAACUGGGAGAUGGGGAUUG